AUGCAUUUUGGGUGUACAACUACCCAGAGAGUCGAGAGCGUACACCAAGCUUUGAAAAGAGAGAUAUCAGCAAUUUCGUCUUUGGGGCUUGCAUUUGAAGCUGUCAACUCCUAUGUAGACAGGCUCGAAAGAGACUUCAAUUCUAUAAAAAUCAGGGAAUCGACAACUGUUGAUGCCUUGGUUGGCUGCAACAAGCAGCUUUCCAGGCUUUUUAUGAAAGUCUCUAAGAGAGCAUUGCUUGUUAUUGAUCAAGAACUUCGCUUGAUCAAUAGAGACGAUGAAUUUUGUCAUUGCAAAAACAGGUUUGAGUUCGGCUUGCCCUGCAGACACUCGCUGCCAGCUGGAAGGGAGCUCACCCUUGAUGAUGUUCCUGAAAGAUGGAUCAUAAACCCUGUUCUAAAAGAGACAUCUUUCGAAGAAAGUUGUACAGUGCACAUAAUUGCCGAGAGGCCAGAAGAGUGGAUGCAAGAGAUUGUAAAGCUUGAGGCUCUUUUCCGCUCUUGUGAGGGCAGCCAGCAAGUGGCCAACCUCCUUCAAAAGAUCAAGAAGGUUACUUCUGAAUUCGAAGGCAAAACUGGGCACCCUUCGAUUAACUUUCAAGCCCCAGAAAAAAUUAAAUAUCCUGGCAGAAGAAAGGGUGGUGCACGUCCCAAAUACCUUCCCAAAGACUUUGGUCGGGCAAACUGGAGGAAGAUCAGUGUUUCGUCUGGUCAUGUCGGCCUUAAGGCAAUGGUUAGGUUAAGAGCUAGAACAAGAGAUGGAAAGCCUGCAGCUACACAAAAAACGAAAAACAACAAAAAACAAAACAAAAGCAAAAAAGAGCCUCUCGACCUAAUCGAUGCUACCAAAAACAAAAUAAAACAAAUUAAAAAAGAGCCUCUCGACCCAGUCGAUGCCACCAAAAACAAAACAAAAAAAAUAAAACAAGAGCCUCUCGACCCAGUCGAUGCCACAAAAGAAAUUGGGUUUAAAAGACCCGCUACAGCUCAAGAAGAUUACCAAUAUGACUAUCGCACCUCUGUUGGCAAGAGGGUUAAAUUCCAGCCUGGUUUUCCUGUCUCUCAUGAGAUAGUCGAUGACGUUAAGGGUGGGUUUAACCCUACUGCUGAUGGAUGGUGUGGUUUUCGGGUCCUUGCCCAUUUGAUCUAUAAAGAUCAAGAAAAGUUCCCUCUUGUGAAAAGAGAUAUGCUUGCUACCCUUCCAAAAUACAGCAGCAUUUACGCCAGCACGUUUGGAACCAAUGUCAAGCAAUUAGAAGACAUUAUAAAGCAUGGUUCUGAUCUCUGCAUCACCAACUCCAACUCCAACUUCAUCCCAGCAUGUUUAGAUGCCAACAACCCCAACACCCCUUCCGUAUCGUUCCUUCCCUUCACCCUUCCCAAAAACAUAUCAAAACAUCAACAACCUCUGAUUUUCAAUCACGUUAACAAUAACCACUGGACAACAAUACACCUCUCCCGCAAUGUCUCAAGGAAACGGCCAACCAUUCCUGAGUUAUUCUUUUUGGGUUGUGUCAGAAACCAGAUUCCCGACAACUUUGAUACUUACUGGAACAAAUUUAAAGAGUUCAAUAAGUAUGAUCAUAGAAAUGCGAUGUUCUCUUUUCUUUCCGAUCAAGAGGAACGUAUUCAUCCCACUAUAACAUAA